AGGUAACACUGGUAAACAAGUGGUGAUAUUUUAAUUCAGUUUAUUUAGGUGAAUUAUCCGACAUAGAGAGCAUGGACCAGUAGGAAUACAACAGUGUUCCUCUACCUCUUGGGAACAGGUGUUAGGGUAUGGAGUUGCUUUGGUUGCCACCAUCUUGAGAUAUACUGUCAUUUACCCUCCUUACUCUUGUACUACUGCUGCUUACAGUGGGCCAGUAGACCUGCUGAAAUGCUCCUCUUCUUUUAGUCAAGGUCCACUCAUUCAGGAUGCUUCGCCAUGAGCUAGGCACCAACAUCACAGCCAUUGUGAAUAGGCUGGCAUCAGAACUUCAGAACACACCCUUCUAUGCUGACUUUCUUGCUGAUGUCCAGACAACGAUGGCAACACAGAAUUUCAGCACAGAAAGGUUUGGCAGUGAAUGUUAUGAGUGGGCACAGGGAAGCUCACUUGACACCCGCCUCCGCAAUGCCCUCUACCACCUGAUGCAUGUUCAGCCAACCCUUCUGGCCAACCCUGAUACCCCAAGGCAUGUCCUCAAAGAACCUCUUGCUUACAUAAGGAAGGCUCAGGUACUCUUGUUUGCAAGAAGCUUUGCUAAUAUAAAUACAUACUGUACUGGCAUACAGUAUAACCUCUCCAUGAUCCGUCCAGUGUAUGCACCCAAAGACUUCCUUGAGGUUCUCGCCACUCUCCACAACCCUAAUUAUGAUGAAACUAUAGAAGAAAAUCUGUGGGGAAGUAUCCAGUUACCACUCAAAGUCAACGACAUCAAGGGUUUGGUAGAGCUAUAUGGUGAGCUUGCUACCUGCUGUAAGCACACUGGACUAGAUGAGAUGGUGGCAGGGGAAUACAAGCCUAGUAUGACUCUGGCUGAAGAAAGACUCAUCAUCGGACAGAAAGUAGUGGAGAGGAACCAUGGGCCACUGAGUCGUGAGCUGUGCAAAACUGGAUGUCCUGCUAGCCUCCGAGGCAGCCUCUGGCACCAAGUACUGGGGCUAGAGAUUACUGAUAAGCACUGCAAGUACAUGGAUGAGCUGGUGCAGGCAGUGAUGCAACACGAACUCUUGGUGGAUAAGCUUAUCAUGAAGGACAUCCAGCUGACAGCUUCUAAUGAUGACCAGUACUUUGUAUUUGAAGAUAUAUUAUUCCAGGUGUUAUUGUGUUUCUUUCGUGACACUGAGGUACUGAGCCACUUUGAGCACAGCAGUGCCUCACCUCCCCUGGCAGCAGCCCGGGGCAACACACCUUCCCCAGACACCCUAGUAGCCUACCCUCCCUGUGGUGUAAUACCUUUCCAUGGAUUUACCAUGUACGCUGCUCCACUGAGCUGCCUUUAUGAGGACCCUGUUCAUCUAUAUUUCACCUUCAGAGAGAUGUACUGUCGUUACUGGUACCGUCUCCACAUCGUCACCAGCCACCCACAGGGUGCUGCAGCUCUAGCAUUACAGUUUGAGUUGCUGCUGCAGAGCUGUGAGACUCGCCUCUGGCAACACUGCGCUUCCAUGAACAUACAAUUGCUGCCUAUAGUGUUCAAGUGGAUGGUGCGUGGGUUCAGUGGGUACCUGAUCCCAGACCAGUUGUUCCACCUAUGGGAUGUUGUGCUGGCCUGGGAGUCGGUGGAGAUCUUACCAGUCCUGGCUCUUGCCAUCAUCAGUUUUCGCCGGGAAAACCUCAUGGAUGUCACUUCUCAGCAGGGUGCAGAGGCAGUAUUGGCAGACAUCACAGCCAUACGAGUCAUCCCUCUGCUCAAGCUUGCGCUUGCUGCUGAUAGAGGUCGUGAAAGAGAAACCUAAAGAGCCUCUUCACAACACUUAAUCUACAUCAUAUACUAUAUAGCAACCUAAGAGCAAUAAGACCAUGCUACUUUCUCUCAAAAGCUGUCAUGAAAAUGCAGCUUUCACGUCAUGGUUCAAGCCAUUGCCCAUCAAAUUAUAUAGGCUUACAUCCUACUGGAUAAAAGAAUUGCUAUUGACAUCAUGCAUGUAUUUUUUCAAUUGCAGCACUCAAUUCUUUCCCAAAGAAAAAUUAAGCUUGAUAUACAUAAUCAGAUGCAUUUUGUUAUUAACAGAAAGGAGCUUAUAUUCCCUUUGUAAAGGUUUGUUAAUAAAUAUCAGACUUCAUCUGUUCAUGUAUUUCACAUAUUGUUAGUGGAAACUCCAAUGGAAAUAAAUGGAUAAAACUG